CCGGCCUCCCCGCGCGCACGCGCGACCGCGGGCUGGGGGCCGGGCCCCGCGCCCCCUCUCCUCCUCCUCCUCCUCCCCCGCGUCCAGGCCGGCGGGGGAGCUGGGGCCGUGCGCCUGCGCGGAGCCGGCAGUCCGGCAGGGCCGCAUCCGCGGGGUGGCCGGCAGUUGCCGUGGGGACCGCGGGCCCCUCCCUCCUCCAGUGCCCUGCCCUUCGCCGUCCCCCACCGAGGCGCGGCGGGCGACCCCGGCCUCCUGGCCCCGGCCCCGCCAGAGCUGCAGCCGGUGACCCGGCGAGAGGCGGUGCCGCUCCCAAGAUGUCGCAGACGGCCAUGUCCGAGACCUACGAUUUUUUGUUUAAAUUCUUGGUUAUUGGAAAUGCAGGAACUGGCAAGUCUUGCUUGCUUCAUCAGUUUAUUGAGAAAAAAUUCAAAGAUGACUCAAAUCAUACAAUAGGAGUGGAAUUUGGUUCAAAGAUAAUAAAUGUUGGUGGUAAAUAUGUAAAGUUACAGAUAUGGGACACAGCAGGCCAAGAACGAUUCAGGUCUGUGACGCGAAGCUACUAUAGAGGUGCAGCAGGGGCGCUCCUGGUCUAUGACAUUACCAGCCGAGAAACCUACAAUGCGCUUACUAAUUGGUUAACAGAUGCCAGAAUGCUAGCGAGUCAGAACAUUGUGAUCAUCCUCUGUGGGAACAAGAAGGACCUGGACGCUGAUCGUGAAGUCACUUUCUUAGAAGCCUCCAGAUUUGCUCAAGAAAACGAGCUGAUGUUUUUGGAAACAAGUGCACUAACAGGGGAGAACGUAGAAGAGGCCUUUGUACAGUGUGCAAGAAAAAUACUUAACAAAAUUGAAUCAGGUGAGCUGGACCCAGAAAGGAUGGGCUCAGGAAUUCAGUACGGAGAUGCUGCCUUGAGGCAGCUGCGGUCUCCGCGUCGCGCACAGGCCCCAAGUGCUCAGGAGUGCGGCUGUUGAAGCUACUCUGGGAGCACAGGUGUUCAUACAGUGGUAUUUGGGACACAAUUGUUGGAGCUUGAAGAAGAAGUUUUUUACCACCAUCUUUUUCUACUUUAUAUAGAAGUAGAUCUUUGUGCGGAAAAAAAUCAUUUGGGAUGUUAUGCAAGCUAGUAGAUGUGGCACAGCCAGCCGUAUGAUAAAUCCAAUUCAGCGGACAAGACCAUUCAGUGUACACAUGUAUGUGAAAAAUGUUUUGUUCCAUAUCUUCCUUCCCCCUUUGGUUUGGAUCCUGGCUAUGACUGUACAUAAGCUAGUCUGAUGCGUCUCCACAGCAUGGAUCUGAUGUAUGACUUGAUAGAGCAUUGCACUAAAUGCAGUCUAAUAUUUUUUAAUCGUAUGAACUAAAAUCUGUUCAUUGUGAGGUGUGCUUUGAUCAUCAUGGCGGCUAUAUUGCACAGUGGGUGAUAUUUAUGACCUUCUAUUCAAAGACUCUGGCAUUGAUGGCUGGUACAGUGCUUAAAGUUAAUUCCGUUUUCCACAGUCCACAAGGUGUUCACAUGAACCACACUCUAGAGAUCAGUAGUUACUCAUGUACUGAAAUAAAAUGAAAAAUGGAGUUUUUCCAUGAUCUUUACACAGUCCAGCACUCUGUUGAUUUUAGAACAUCUUCGUCCAGAUCAGUUCAGGAAGUAUAGCUGGGUACCUGCUCUGUUUUAGGCACCAUGGACAGCACUAAGGAUUCUGCUACCUUUAAACCAAACUUCCUAGGCAACAGAUUCUACUCUCAGUGUCUGGUCAAUGCAAUAGAUAAACAAUGUAACUUGGGGCUGCUCACCUGUUUCCAGUUUGCCAAUCUGUCUGGUCUCCCUGUUAGAAAAUACACUGUCUGCUACUGUGCUUUUUCUGGGAUUCAGUAUUAUAGCAUCACUGCCUCUUUUUUAGUCUUUUAUUGUUUUGUGUCCAUUUUAAAGCAACCCACUAAAUCAAGUUCAUGUUAAAGGGAUACCACUAAGACAUUUCUGUACAUCUUUUGCUGAAAACUUAAAUGCCUUACUCCAUUUAUCAAGUUGACAUGUUUUUAAUUCACAUGAGGUAUCUUGAAGUCUAAUAUAUACUGUAUUACAAAGACUUGUUCUAAUAUUUUUAAAUGUUUAUGCAAAAAAUAUAUAUUAUAGAACUUUUCUUUAAAGUUAAAAUACAGUACUAUUUAAAGCUGAAAGGUUAAAAAAAACAUUAUCACCUUAUAUGUCUUCUUCCACUGUGACUUUUUAGCUGCAGACUGGUACAUUUCAUUGCCUUUAAGUUAGAAGCUGCCUACUGCUUUUGUUGUUUUAUUUUAACCAACAGAGCACAGCGGCACUGCAAACUCUGGGAAUUGUCUUGGAUAAAAAUAUCAGGAUGUAGCUGUUUUAGAUACUUUAAUUUUGCUUCUUUUAUGUUUUGGGUAUUUGAUUUUGAAAAGUCAGAAUAUGAAACAAAUUCUCAGAUUGAACGACUUCUUGGACCUGGCUUGAAGAAUGUUUCAGUGUCUCAUUCACAGUAGGUUCGUAAGCUGCUCAUUUUUGAACAGCUGUUUGCAUGGAAUAGAAGCAUGUCCAUUUGACCACAUCAGUUUAUGCAAAAGCAUACGUUUUUUAAAUAAGAUAAAUGUUAAGUUGGUUUAUAAGUGAGCCUGUUAAUUGAACUACAGAUACUGCAUAUAAUCCCACAUCCCUUGACCAAUAAAAGUUGCUGGAGAACCAAA